CGCCCAUCGGGCCCCGCGGGAGCCGGCUGACAACGGAGCCAAAACAACCAUGGCGGCGGCGAGCUGGCGGCGGUGCUGGUGUCAGCUCAAGUGUGGCUCCACGUCCCGGCAGUGAGCGGACUAUACUGUGGCUUCACAAUGUUUGGAGACUUAUUUGAAGAGGACUUUUCCUUUGUGUCAAAUAAUCAAUGUGGAAAAGGGAAGAAAUCAAAGUCCAAAGAUACCGAGCCUCCCGCUCCAAGGGAGUUCACCAAAUUAAGUGGUAUCAAAAAUCAGGGCGGGACCUGCUACCUCAAUUCCCUUCUCCAGACUUUGCAUUUCACGCCAGAAUUUAGAGAAGCACUGUUUUCCCUAGGCCCUGAAGAACUUGGUUCUCUGGAAGAUAUCAAUAAACCAGAUGUAAAGGUUCGAAUAAUUCCAUUACAGUUACAACGAUUAUUUGCUCAGCUUUUGCUCUUAGAUCAGCAGGCUGCAUCUACAACAGACCUCACUGAGAGCUUUGGAUGGAACAGCAAUGAGGAGAUGAGACAACAUGAUGUACAAGAGUUAAAUCGGAUUCUGUUCAGUGCUUUGGAAACUUCCCUUGUGGGGACUUCUGGCCAUGACCUUAUUAAUCGGUUGUACCAUGGGACUGUUGUUAACCAGAUUGUUUGUAAGGAGUGCAAGAAUGUCAGUGAGAGACAGGUAAAUUCCUAG